AAAAGGCAAAGCUCUCUGUUUCUGGAAGAGAGAACGCUUGUUCCUUCACACAAAGCUUCCCUUCCAAUCUAAUCCAAAUCCAAAUCCAAUCCUCAACCAAAACACGAUCAAACAAAAUCAAUCCCCGCCAUCUUUCGCGAUCGAUCGAGCAAAUUUCCCAUUAUUAUUAUUAUUAUUACUACAAUGUGCAAUUGUUGUUCGAUUUCCCUCAUGAUUCUUCGUUUCCAAACUCCAUAUCUGUAAUCCAGAAGAAAUUAACAGCAAAAGCAGCCAACGAAUGGAGAAGAUUCAUCAUUCUGAAAAGGCCGCUAGUUUUAUAGGACGCCAUGUCCGAAGAAAGAGCGAUGUUUCCACUCCUAAAACUCCCGAUUUGUCCACCAACGAUCAGCACAGAUCGGACGUCAAAGAAAACAUCAUUCUCGAGGACGAGAUUGAUGAUCAGACGGCUGGCCAAGUUUUCCAAGAGAUUGAUCGAUUCACCGAGACAUUGUCCGCCGUCGACGAUAAAUCGAAGCCGCCGGAUGUGCCGGAAUCGGUUGAGACAUUCCUGAAACUCAUCGAGUCCGGGAUUGCCAAGUACUAUUCUGCAAAUGGCGAAGCCAAGUUAGGCAAAAUCACGGAGGAUGAUUCGUUUUUUCUCGAGGCGGUAAAAAAGAUAGCUAAGCUGAGUAAUGCUUUCGGCGAUUUUCCUUCUACGCCGUCCCUUAACCGGACGAGCGCUGUGUUGCAGCGAGCAAUGUCGUUCUUCGAAGAUUUGUUACGCGAUCUGCUGGAGGAAUGCAAGACUUGGGACCGAUCUGCUUUGGAGACAGGAGAACUCAACUUUCCGCCGGAGGUGGUGACGAGGAUGACCACAAUUGCGUCGACGAUGAUCGAGGCUGGCUACGAGACGGAAUGCUGUCAGGUCUACAGCGUGGCGAGGCGAAAUGGCUUCAACGAACUAUUGAAGAACCUGAAAUUCGACAUGAUUAGCAUGGACGAUGCGCAGAAGAUGCAAUGGGAGACGUUGGAGGCAGAGAUCGCCAAGUGGAUCAAAGUCGCCAAGCACUGUGCUGGCAUUCUCCUCUCCGGCGAGCGUGACCUCUGCGACUCCGUCUUUUGCAAUUCUCCGUCAAUCUCCGAAAUCCUCUUCAGCAACCUCGCUCGCGCAGUGGUCAUCCAACUCCUAAACUUCGUUGACGCGGUGGUUUUGACUCGGCGAUUUGUGGAGAAGCUGUUUAAGUACUUGGACAUGUAUGAGACUCUCCGAAAUCUGGUUCAAGCCAUCAACACAUCGUGCUCGGAGAACUGUAGCCGCGAUCUGAGCAAGGAGAUAUCCGCCAUCGCUGACCGAGUCGGCGAGGCCGCGGCGUCCAUAUUCUGUGAUUUGGAGAAUUCAAUCAAAAGCGACACGGCAAAAACUGCGGUUCCUGGGGGAGCAAUUCACCCGCUGACCAGCUACGUCAUGAAUUAUCUAGAAUACACCUGCGAGUACAAGGACGCCAUGGAAGAGAUAUUCCGGAAAAACGCUGGCUCUGAAAACCAAGCCGAGGAUCAGCCAUCGCCGUUUGCAAAGCAGCUGAUGACAGCGAUGGAUCUGCUGGACGCAAAUCUGAGCGCCAAGUCGAACCUCUACAAAGACCAAUCACUGAGUCACAUAUUCCUGAUGAACAACGGGCGGUACAUCCUGCAAAAGAUCAAAGCGUCGAGCGAGAUCCUCCAAUUGGUAGGGGACACGUGGUACCGCACGCGAUCGACGGUGGUGAGGCAGUACCACAAGAACUACCAGCGGGAAACGUGGGGGAAAGUGUUGCAGAACCUGAACCAGGAAGUGGCUCAUUCGAAAGGGGGGAAGGUGAACAAGGCAGUGGUGAAGGAGAGGAUGAAGACGUUCAACACGCAGUUCGAGGAGAUCCACAAGACGCAGAGCACGUGGGUGGUGAGUGACGAGCAGCUGCAGUCGGAGCUCAGGGUGGCCAUAUCGGCGUUGGUGAUUCCAGCGUACCGGAAUCUCUUGGGGAGGUUCAGGCAGAACUUGGAGAAAGCGGACAAGUACAUUAAGUACCAACCCGAGGAUGUUGAAGCAUUGAUUGACGAGUUAUUUGAUGGGAACCCUACUUCUAUGGGUAAGAAGAAAACAUAAUAUUAACAACAAUAAUUAAUAUUUACGUGCUCGUGCUCGUGCUGGUGGUCGUACAUUGAUUAAUUCACCUUUUCUUUUUCUAUAGUAGAUGCAAACUCUUAUGGAUGCAAGUUUAUAUGAAUUUCGUGGUGUCUACCUAACGAAUA